AUGCCCCAAACUCGGGCAAGAACGCUAAAAGAGGCAAAGGAUAUUUUUGAAGAGUUGACAAAUAGGCCGCACCGGGAGAUUGACAUUGUUUGUCUUCCACCGGAAGCUGGUGUGUGCUCGGAUACGGAGGAUAUCGAUGAAAAUGAUCUGAGACCACAAAUGCCCAAAGAUGUGGCCGAAGAUCUCGAUGUAUGCUACGAGACUGAUUCAGAAGCCGAAGAAGUUCCAGCUCCGAAGCGAAAGAAAGGCGCCGUUCUCCGACCGGAAGUAGACUGGAAGCCCGACGAGAGCGCUUUCGUGCCAUUUCCAGAGAACGCUGAAGGACCGCCGAGUAAGCUCGCAAACGAACAUCCAGAGCUCAUCAGCAAGACACCGCUUGAACUUUUCAAGAUGUAUUUUGAUGACAUUAUUGCGGCUCAUAUUAUCACGGAAUCCGAACGAUAUGCCAAACAAGACAAUGCAGAUUUCCAGCUUCCAAUGCGUGAUCUCUUUUUGUUCAUCGGAAUACUCUUGUACAGCGGAAUUGUGCAGCUGCCUACUACGAGGCACUUCUGGAUGCGCUCCGCAUUGUUUAGCUUUCCGGCCGUUUCCUCGAAGAUGUCAUGUAAACGAUUUGAGAAAAUUAAAAGGUAUUUGCAUCUGGCCGACAACGACAACUUGGAUCCGGAGGAUAAAAUGGCAAAAGUUAACCCAUUUUUCGCUCUUCUCCAGGAAAAACUUCUUCAGUUCGGAAUAUUUGACCUGUUUCUCAGCGUGGAUGAAGAGAUGAUUCCUUAUUUCGGACAUCAUUCGUGCAAGAUGUUUAUGAGAGGCAAACCAUGCCGGUUCGGGUACAAGCUCUGGGUGCUGUGUGGAUCACGGGGAUAUCCGUACACCUUUUACGUGUACACCGGAAAGGACGCUACCGGCAAGGAUGUCAUCGAACCGAAGCCACUUGGAUCUCGUGUUGUUCUGAACUUGUUGUCUGUGGUCAAGUGUCCAGAUGCGCACAGUGUGUUUUUCGAUAAUUUCUUCACGUCCUAUGGACUUUUAGAGGAGUUGCGAGCGCUAGGUUUUAGAGCCACUGCGGCUCCCGGAUUAAGCAAAUCCACGACAGGCUGGAGCGAGAUCGAGGUCAACCCUAAUGCCUUCUUGUCGGCCAUAUACAAGGGCUUCCGCAUUAAUGUCUACGUCACCAAGCAGAUACUGGACGUCAACUCGACGCAUUACUUCUAUCCGCCCGGAUUAUUCAUUGACCCCAUGAGCGCCAAAAGCUAUCUGAACACCCUCCAAAACCGCUUUGAGAUGAGCUUUACUGUGCUCAUGUGGGACGAAGAUUAUGAAGCGUUCAUUAGAAAUGCCGUUAGCACGAAACUGGGCUCGGAGAUUCCCAAAGAAAACAUUCGUGUUCUUCCCAUUGAACAAAUCCGCAUCGAAGCACCAGGUCUUUUGCCGAGUACGUAUGAAAUGGUCAAUCAGUGGAUGUCGUACGCUUCGCAGCCGUCAACAUUUGAAUUCCGAUUCAGCUGCAUCAAUAAGGCUACAUGCGAUGAUUUAGCCCAACAAAUGCGGGAGAAUCCCCAGUAUUUCGUUUACGACCUGCAAGUGUCCUAUAGUUUAAUUGCUCAGCGCAGUGCGCGCCGCAUCAUUCAGGUCAAGGCGGAGCAUGUGCAAGCUGGACAGUUGUAUAGUCGCUUGAAGCAAGAUGUCCCUAAUACGGAUGUCGUAUACAUGCAAGCAGACGACUUAACGCAGAUGACCCUGGAGAUUGCCAAUAACGUGAUGGCGACAGAAGUUGUGGAUGAUGAGUUCAUCGGGCAAGACCAGUCGCUCACCAUUACAAAAAUUUUGGAAUCCUUAAUGCAAGUCAAACCGGAGUCCACUGCUUCGUUCCAGGCUCAAAUGUGGGACUCAGUCUUCUGGCAAGAAGAGAACACCCGCCCGGAUCGUGUGACCAGCACCAUGAACGAAUAUUACAAUAAAGUAGACGACCAAAUGAAAGAUACGAUAAAAGAGACACUGAACCAGGCCUCCAGCACCAGUGUCGAUGUCAGCGUCGACGCCGACGUAUUUUGGGGUAUGGUGGAAGCCGGCGUCAACACCGCUGUGGACACAUCGGACUCAUUCGCCAGUAAUUACGAACGGGAGCAGUUCAAAUCCACCCUGCGCGAAGCCGCCGGCAAAAGCCAGUGGAACGGUGAGAAGAUCAUCGUUAAACCGAUGACCCUGAUGCGCACCAACACCGCUCGCCUGAACAGUGCGACCACGGUAACCAGCGUCCAGGUGCGGGUAACCAAAUCCGCUGCGGAACUGACCAGCCGUAUUAAUCUCUUUGCCGAUUAUGUGUACGUCCCGCCGGAGCCGUUGUAUGUGGAGACGGAGAACGCCACCUUCAGCGCCACGCCCACCGGAUCAGUGCAGAUGUUCUACGGGGAGAAGGUACCGUCGGGUUGGCUGCUGUGCGAUGGGUCGCAAGUUGACUGCCGUCAAUACCGGCGAUUAUGUAACGUUCUACCGAUUGUCAACGGGACACGGGCGCUGCCGAAUUUUGAGGGGCGGAUCCCGGUCGGUAGCGGUACGGCGUGUUUACCACGGAUUCUCCAUUAUAAUUCCUACGCGUCGUACGAGUGCAGCGAGCGGGAGUUUGGACAAGCUGGAGAAUCAGUGCAAUACUAUGAUCCCAGUAAUUCUACUGGCAGUUACUACAGUUAUAAACAACCGUAUCAUGCCGUCAAAUUCAUAAUUAAAACAUAACUUUUAAAAAUGAUCCGACCACACUGUGCUUAGUUUUAUUUCCGGUUGCGUUACUUACCAGUAGCUAACGUUAAUGUCGUAUCAGAUACAAACAAGUAACAACACACCAAAAAGGGACAAUUAUCAAUUGUUUUA